AUGGGAAACUGUUUCGCCAAGAACAAUGGAUUGAUGAUAAAGGCUCAGCAAAACGGACAGACCAGAUCAGUCGAAGUAGACCACCAAGAUCCGCCUUCGUAUACUCCAUCGCAGCCGAGAAGCCAAACACCGGAGAAACCAUCAUCCGGAGCCAACCAACCACCUCCCUGGAGAAUGGCGGCGCCAUCAGCAAGCCCCAAAGCCUCUGUAAAGAGCAGUUCGAUUCUAGAGAACGCUUACGAAGACGUGAAGCUCUUCUACACAUUGGGGAAAGAGCUAGGCAGAGGACAGUUCGGGGUAACGUAUCUCUGCACGGAGAAUUCAACCGGGAAGAAGUACGCUUGCAAGUCGAUAUCGAAGAAGAAGCUGGUGACGAAAGCUGAUAAGGAUGAUAUGAGGAGAGAGAUUCAGAUAAUGCAGCAUUUGAGUGGGCAGCCUAAUAUUGUGGAGUUUAAAGGGGCUUAUGAGGAUGAGAAGGCUGUGAAUUUGGUGAUGGAGCUUUGUGCUGGUGGUGAGUUGUUUGAUAGGAUUAUUGCCAAGGGGCAUUAUAGUGAGAGAGCGGCUGCUUCUGUUUGUAGACAGAUUGUGAAUGUUGUCAAGAUUUGUCAUUUUAUGGGUGUGUUGCAUAGAGACUUGAAGCCUGAGAAUUUCUUGCUUUCUAGUAAAGAUGACAAGGCUUUGAUCAAGGCUACUGAUUUUGGCUUGUCUGUCUUCAUUGAAGAGGGAAAAGUGUAUAGAGAUAUAGUUGGGAGUGCAUACUAUGUUGCUCCUGAAGUCUUACGUCGUAGAUACGGGAAAGAAGUUGAUAUAUGGAGUGCUGGAAUCAUAUUAUACAUUCUACUCAGUGGUGUGCCUCCGUUUUGGGCUGAAACCGAGAAAGGGAUAUUUGAUGCUAUAUUGGAAGGCCAUAUCGACUUUGAAAGCGAGCCGUGGCCGUCAAUCUCCAACAGUGCUAAAGAUUUAGUCCGUAAAAUGCUGACUGCUGAUCCAAAAAGGAGGAUCUCUGCUGCUGACGUUCUUGAGCAUCCAUGGCUUAGAGAAGGUGGAGAAGCAUCUGACAAGCCAAUUGACAGCGCUGUUCUCUCAAGGAUGAAACAGUUUAGAGCAAUGAAUAAGCUAAAGAAACUUGCUUUAAAGGUAAUAGCGGAGAAUAUUGAUACGGAAGAGAUCCAAGGAUUGAAGGCGAUGUUUGCUAACAUAGACACAGACAACAGUGGCACAAUCACGUAUGAAGAACUGAAAGAAGGAUUAGCCAAAUUGGGAUCCAAACUCACAGAAGCUGAAGUGAAGCAGCUCAUGGAUGCUGCUGAUGUUGAUGGGAACGGGUCAAUAGACUACAUAGAGUUCAUUACUGCAACUAUGCAUAGACACAGGCUUGAGAGUGAUGAGAAUCUUUACAAGGCCUUCCAGCAUUUUGACAAAGACGGCAGCGGUUACAUAACAAUAGAUGAGCUGGAAGUGGCACUGAAGGAAUAUGGAAUGGGAGAUGAUGCAACAAUCAAAGAGGUUCUCUCAGAUGUUGACUCUGAUAACGAUGGUAGAAUCAACUAUGAAGAGUUCUGUGCAAUGAUGAGAAGUGGAAAUCCACAACAACAACAACCGAGGCUUUUCUAG